CAGUAACUUCAAUUUUUUGUUUGUUUUCCUCAUGGAGAAACAGAGGCACAACUCCGGGAAAUACCACCGCGAGCAAUCGUCCUCGCGCCGGAGCUUGAAGAGAAAACUCAACGAGGAGCGCUGCGAAGAUCGUGGAUGUGUCGGCGGCGAAUCACCCGUAGCUUCGCAACAAGAUCUCAUGCGCGAUAUACAGGCGCAAGUUGAGAUCCUCGAUUCCGUUUUCUCAGCCUCCGAGCGUGAUCGCGCGUCUGCCAAACACGCCAUCCACGUCUUGUCAGAGCUCGCGAAGAACGAGGAUAUGGUGAAUUUAAUAGUUGACUAUGCGGCGGUUCCUGUACUGGUAAAGCAUCUUCAGGCUCCACCUCCGCUGUUGAUGGACGGGGAAGGUGGUUCUAGGUCAUAUGAGUAUGAAGUGGAGAAAGGAAGUGCUUUCACUCUGGGACUUCUAGCCAUUAAACCAGAGCAUCAACAACUAAUUGUUGAUGCGGGAGCCCUACCCCAUCUCGUGGAUCUCUUGAAGAGGCAUAGUGAUGUUCCAAACUCUCGGGUGGUAAGUGGUGUCAUCCGGAGAGCGGCUGAUGCAAUCACUAACCUUGCUCACGAGAAUAGCAGCAUUAAAAUCCGUGUUAGGGUUGAGGGUGGCAUCCCUCCUAUUGUCGAAUUGCUUAAGUUUGCUGACUCAAAGGUGCAGAAAGCAGCCGCAGGAGCCCUUCGUACUCUUGCCUUUAAGAAUGAUGAGAACAAGAAUCAGAUUGUGGAAUGCAAUGCUCUACCUACACUUAUUCUAAUGCUGCGGUCUGAGGACACUGCUACACACUACGAAGCGGUUGGCGUAAUUGGCAACCUGGUCCACUCUUCCCCAAAUAUUAAGAAGGAAGUUUUGGUUGCUGGAGCCUUGCAGCCUGUCAUUGGUUUACUUCGGUAUGAAUCUCCUGCUGUUCAGAGAGUCAAAGAGAAGCUGCUCUCCUUCUUGGGCAAUUUGCGGCAACAGAUUCAGACUGUCCACAUUGUUCAGAGAGGUUCUGUCCCUCCACUCAUAGAAAUGCUCCACUCCCCAGAUACUCAAUUGAUGGAAAUGUCAGCAUUUGCCAUAGGGAGGUUAGCUCAGGAUCCUCAUAAUCAAGCUGGUAUUGCCCACAGUGGUGGAAUAACACCAUUACUGAAGCUUCUUGAGUCAAAAAAUGGCUCUUUGCAACAUAAUGCUGCUUUUGCUCUUUAUGGCCUUGCAGAAAAUGAGGAUAAUGUUGCAGAUCUUAUUAGGGUGGGGGGUGUUCAGAAACUUCAAGAUGGUGAAUUCAUUUUCCAACCUACUAGAGAUUGUGUAGCCAAGACACUGAAAAGAGUCGAAGAGAAGAUUAAUGGCCGGGUAUUAAGUCAUUUAUCAUACUUGAUGCGUAUGGGAGAAAGAAAUGUUCAGAGACGUGUGGCUCUUGCUCUUGCUCAUCUUUGUUCUCCAGAUGACCAACAAACCAUUUUCAUUGAUAACAACGAUGAUCUUGACUACAACUUUCUCUUCCCGCCUCACUCUCCUCGUAUAUCCACAGGACUUGCAUUGCUUCUUGAGCUACUGGAAUCAACUGACGCAAAGCAUCAAAGAGAUAGUUCCAUGGCAUUAUGCAGGUUGGCUAAUAAAGCAAGCUCACUUUCUUCAAUCGAUGCAGCUCCUCCUUCCCCAAUACCUCAGGUAUAUCUGGGGGAGCAGUAUGUAAAUAAUCCUACGUUGUCUGAUGUAACAUUUCUGGUUGAAGGAAGACGGUUCUAUGCACACAGAAUUUGUUUGCUUGCUUCUUCCGAUGCAUUUCGAGCAAUGUUCGAUGGUGGCUAUCGGGAGAGGGAUGCCAAAGACAUAGAGAUCCCUAAUAUCAGAUGGGAUGUCUUUGAGCUGAUGAUGAGAUACAUAUACACUGGAUCUGUAGACGUCAACUUGGAAAUAGCACAGGAUCUUCUAAGAGCUGCUGAUCAGUAUUUAUUGGAGGGUCUGAAGCGUCUGUGCGAAUACGCCAUGGUACAGGAUAUUUCAGUUGAAAAUGUAUCCCUCAUGUUUGAGUUAUCGGAGGCAUUCAACGCCUCAAAUUUAAGAGAUGCUUGCAUCCUUUACAUUUUGGAUAAGUACAAGAAAUUGUGUGUGAUGCCCUGGUACUCGCAGAUGGUCCAUCGUAUUCUACCGGAGACAAGAAGUUACUUUGUGAGAGUGCUUUACCACAGACCUAACCAUGCUGAAUUAAGAAGAUGAGAGCAAUUUUGGAGACUAAUCAUUGACCCAUUAACGACGGUGAGAAUGUACAGAAAAAUUGAUUAGUUACACUCAUUUUGAGUAGCUGUUGGUGUGAAAGCACCCUUAAUGGAAAUGUCAUAUAAUUAUGGUUUACUUUGGUUAGUUGGAUAGGAUAACGUCAAAUAUUAUGAGAGAUAAGCUACAAUGGGAUUAAAUUAGUCAUAGGGGUGAAUGUGAGAUGGUUAGGCAUGAGAUGCAAUCUAAGCCAAGAUACAUUAUCACGGGUCGAGCUUUUGAGAAAAAUGCUACUGGACAAGUAAUUAUGACAUCGAACGGCUCCAUUUGUGUUCA